CACAUUGACUCACGCAAAUUCUUUUGCAUUCAAAACAGUUUGGGUAACUGGCCAGAUUAUAAAUUGCGCCAAUCCAGCCAACCUGAGGCUAUCGCCAACUGCGCCUAAUAAUUUUCCUUUUGGUUCAACUAACCGGCCUCUUGGUUGCACCAUGUCCAUCAGUUUUCCCAAGGAAGAGGAAGCCGUGCUGGCAAGAUGGAAGGAAAUCAACGCCUUCCACCGCCAGCUCGAGCUGACCGCUGACAUGCCCCGAUAUACCUUCUUCGACGGUCCCCCCUUCGCUACUGGCCUUCCCCACUACGGCCAUCUUUUGGCUUCCGUCAUUAAAGAUGUUAUUCCCCGAUACUGGGCCAUGAAGGGCUUCUAUGUCGAGCGUCGCUUUGGCUGGGAUACCCAUGGCCUUCCUAUCGAACACGAAAUUGACAAGAAACUCGGCAUCUCUGGAAAGGCCGCCGUGCAAGAGCUCGGUAUUGGCAAAUACAACGAAGAAUGCCGCGCCAUCGUCAUGCGAUACGCCAGCGAGUGGCGACAAACCAUUGAGCGUUUUGGCCGUUGGAUCGACUUUGAUAACGACUACAAGACUAUGGACCCCAAGUUCAUGGAGACCCUUUGGUGGGUUUUCAAGCAACUCUUUGACAAGGGCUCCGUCUACCAGGGCUACAGAGUGAUGCCUUACUCUACCGCCUUGACAACUGCCUUGAGCAACUUUGAAGCCAACCAGAACUACCAGGAUGUUACCGAUCCCGCCAUCGUUGUUUCAUUUCCUCUCGUCGACGACCCCGAAGUAAACCUGCUCGCCUGGACCACCACGCCUUGGACUUUGCCCUCGCACACUGGUCUGGCUGCCCACCCUGAUUUCGAAUACAUCAAGAUCCAGGAUGGCAAGACUGGUAAAAUCUAUAUCUUGCUCGAGGCUCUCCUGGGCACCCUCUACAAGGACCCCAAGAAAGCAGAGUACAAGGUUCUUGGCAAGGUCACUGGCAAGGAAAUGCUCGGCUGGAAGUACACACCCCUCUUCAACCACUAUUACGAAGAGUUCAAGGACUAUGGUUUCAAGGUCCUCAACGCUGAGUACGUUACUGCCGAUAGCGGUGUUGGUAUUGUUCACCAGGCCCCCGCCUUUGGUGAGGACGAUUACAACGUCGCUAUGGAUGCCGGUGUCAUUUCCGAGAAGCGUCCUCCCCCCGACCCUAUCAACGACACUGGUCACUUCACUGACAAGAUCCCCGAAUUCGCUGGCAUGCACGUCAAGGAGGCUGACAAGCACAUUAUCAAGCAUCUCAAGAAUGCUGGUCGCGUCGUCGUUGAGUCUCAGAUUAGACACUCGUACCCCAUGUGCUACCGAUCUGAUACUCCUCUCAUCUACCGUGCUGUUCCUUCUUGGUUCAUUCGCAUCCCUGAAAUCAUUCCUGAUAUGUUGAAGAACAUUGAGGACUCGCACUGGGUUCCUAGCUUUGUCAAGGAAAAGCGAUUCGCCAGCUGGAUUGCCAACGCGCGAGAUUGGAACGUCGGAAGAAACAGAUACUGGGGAACUCCCAUCCCUCUCUGGGCCAGUGAUGAUUUGGAGGAAAUUGUUUGUGUUGGCAGUGUUGAGGAGCUUAAGCGCCUGAGCGGCUAUGAGGGCGAGCUUGUUGAUAUCCACCGUGACAAGAUUGACCACAUCACCAUCCCCAGUCAGAAGGGCAAGGGCGUCUUGCGAAGAGUCGACGAGGUCUUUGACUGUUGGUUCGAGUCUGGUAGCAUGCCUUAUGCUAGCAAGCACUACCCAUUCGAGAAUGUUGACGUCUUUAAGCAGUCUUUCCCUGGUGACUUCAUUGCUGAAGGUCUUGACCAGACCCGUGGUUGGUUCUACACCAUGCUGGUUUUGGGUACUCACUUGUUCGGACAGUCUCCAUUCAAGAACUGUGUUGUCAACGGUAUUGUCCUCGCAGAGGAUGGCAAGAAGAUGUCCAAGCGUCUCAAGAACUACCCUGACCCCACCAUUGUCAUGGACAAGUACGGUUCUGAUGCUCUGCGCCUCUACCUCAUCAACUCACCGGUAGUGAGAGCUGAGCCCCUCCGUUUCAAGGAAUCGGGUGUCAAGGAAGUUGUUCAAAAGGUCCUUUUGCCUCUCUGGAACAGUUACAAGUUCUUCGAGGGCCAGGUUGCUCUCUUGAAAAAGGUUGAGAACAUUGACUAUGUUUGGAACCCUGACACGGAGAGCACCAACGCCAAUGUCAUGGAUCGCUGGAUCUUGGCCAGUUGCCAGAGUCUCUUGCAAUUCGUCAACGAAGAAAUGGCCGCUUAUCGCCUAUACACUGUCGUGCCCCGUCUCCUUGAGCUCAUCGACAACACUACCAACUGGUACAUUCGCUUUAACCGCAGACGUCUCAAGGGUGAGAACGGUGUCGAAGAUACUCUGCACGCUCUCAACGCUCUGUUUGAGGUUCUGUUCACUCUCUGCAGAGGCUUGGCCCCCUUCACUCCUUUCCUUACUGACAACAUCUACACUCGACUUCUACCCCACAUCCCCAAGGAGCAGCAGGGCAAGGAUCCCCGCAGUGUUCACUUCUUGUCGUUCCCUGAUGUCCGCCAUGAGCUCUUCGACCCUGAGGUGGAGCGCCGCGUCUCUCGCAUGCAGCGUGUCAUUGAGCUUGCCCGCGUGUCCCGUGAGCGUAAGAGCAUUGGCUUGAAGACGCCACUCAAGACUCUCGUUGUCCUUCAUCGCGACAGCCAGUACCUUGAUGACAUCAAGUCGCUCGAGAACUACAUCACUGAGGAGCUCAAUGUCCGCGAUCUCGUCUUGUCUAGCGACGAAGAAAAGUACGGUGUUCAGUACAGCGUCAAUGCUGACUGGCCCGUGCUAGGCAAGAAGCUCAAGAAGGAUAUGGGCCGUGUCAAGAAGGCUCUGCCAUCUGUUACCAGCGAUCAGGUUAAGGCUUACGUUCAAGACAAGUUCAUCAUGGUUGACGGUAUCCGCCUCGAGGAGGGUGAUCUCGUUGUCCGCCGCAGCGUUAAGGAGAGCGAAGGAUCUAAGAACUUGGAGGUCAACACCGAUUCGGAUGUGAUGACCAUCCUUGAUGCCGAGAUCCAUGAGGAGCUUGCUCAGGAGGGUCUUGCCAGAGAGGUCAUCAACAGAGUGCAAAAGCUGCGCAAGAAGGCUGGCCUCCAGCCCACUGAUGACAUCAAGAUGGAGUACCGCGUUCUCACUGACCCUGAAUCCGUCGGUCUGGAGGAUGCUCUGAAGAACCAAUCUGCAGCAUUUGAAAAGGUUCUUCGUCGCUCACUGGAGCCUGUCUCUGAGGGUGUUGCUGAGGCGGACGUGAUUGCUGAGGAGGAGCAGGAAAUCCAGCAGGCCACGUGGACAUUGCGCUUGCUCAAGCUGUAAGGUUAAAAUAAAAUACAAUAAAAAGCUCAAUGAUAGUUUAAGUAGAAAAUAUUAGUUUAUUAAUGUUUUUGUUAAAAGUACACGCAGCAUGGGUGAGCUGCUUUUCGCUGGACAUAAUCCUACAGUGAGCCCCCCCUUCAUCGGCCCUGUUUCAUUACGCG